GUGUAAUGUGUGUUACUUUCCACAAGCACAUUGCAUAAACGAUCCGCUCUAUCUGACGUCUGCUAGGGAUUAAUUAAACAUACGAUGACAUUUCGUUUCUUUUUUCACAGAGACAGGAAAUUUCUCCAGAUACGAUACACAGGCAACCAUAACGAAGCUGAAACAAAAACGAGGCUAAACGCAAUCACAAAGAAACAACCAGAACGAGAGACCACGAAGAAUCAUAACGAGGUUGAAGCAAUCACAACGAGGCUAAACUCAACCACAAGGAAACCAGCACGUGUAUAAAAACAACCAGAACGAGACCACGAAGACAUUUGGACUACUGGUGCUCCCUUGCACUUGCCAGUGCAGGCGUCCCUUCUGUACCCCCCCCCCCCGCCCCCCAACUCUUUCCUGUCCUGGACAGAGAGAUCCGUCCAAGGCCGUUCCCUGUGCCUAGUAUAGGCGUGCGCUACAACAGCUUGCUCUGAAUGUGCACAUAAAGUCUUUCACUUCACUUCACUUCUGACCACGAAGAAUCAUAACGAGGCUGAAAGCAUCUACAAAGAGACUACACACAACCACAUCGAGGCAGAAUGAAGUUUGAAAAACGAGGCAAUGAUACCGCACGUUGGCACAGUUAUAAUCUAUUCGGCUAUAGAAAUUGGCCAAAUUGAGAGCACUGAAGAACACGUCGUAGUGUUUCUUUGUCGGCACAUUCAUAAUCUAUUCGGUUACAGAAAUUAGUCAAAUUGAGAGCACUAACAAAAACAAGUGUGUGUUUCUUAAAUCCCAACAGCAAUCUAUGUAUAUGCUUAAGACAACAACGCAGAUUCAAGAUUCUUCUUAGAAAUGCAUACAAUUUAAAACAAAAGAAUUUGCGGUGCUACCAGUUUUGACUAUAUUGACAAUACAAUGCAUUGAACUCGACUACUUCGCAGUAAUCUGUACACACCCACAACCCCCGACAUGGGGUCUGGCGCAAUGUAUUAUGGAAAUAGUUUGGUCUGACAAAAAAUCAUUUAUCAAGGUUCAUCAAUCCUGAUUAAUGAGAAACGUGUAUUGAAUGAAUUUGUUAAAAUAUGCAUACAAACACGAUGAAUGUUUUGAAGCGAGCGUGCAAAAUGCUUGUUGGCACAAUGAAAUAUAACUGAGACAAUCCCACUAAACUAUGUACAAUAAUAUAACAAAUGAAUUAUCAACAUCAGUGGGGAUAAAAACAGUUUGGUUAGCAUUUGGCACAAUGAAAUAUAGCUGAGAAAACCCCGCUAAGUUAUGUACUAUAACAUAACAAAGAAAUUAUUACCAUCAGUGGAGUGAGAAACAGUUUGGUUAGCAGUUGGCACACGGAAAUAUAGCUGAGCAAAUCCAACUAAAUUAUGUAUUAUAACAUAACAAAGAAAGUAUUACCAUCAGAGUUAGCAUUUCCUGAAUCAGAAGUUUUACAUUAUGACAUGACGGAUUUUGUUUGGGAGAAUUUGGAAAUUAAUUUCUGCAUAGCAAUCACUUGAUAACAAACUACGUUAUGAAUGACAACACGCCAAAGGAUCAUUACCUGUUGCAAUCAGUGGCGCGAUGUGUGUUAGUUGUGUGUGUGUUGGUCAUAGAGUCGUGUGGGUGUUACAAUAAUGGAAAUCCAUCAUCAUCAUCAUUACCAGAACCAUCAGCUUUGAAAGACAGCCCACCCAUCAUCGACACAAACCUAAUCAUCAUACUAUUCGCUGUGACGAUUGCCUUGCUGCUGACGAUUGCAUUGAUUUGUGUUUUGAGAUGGUGUUACAAGAAGAAUUGCAAAUCGCGUUGUCCAAACAACAGCCCAGAAAGUAUUCCAGGUGCAUCGUUGAACGUGCGUGGCAACAUUUGCUGUGAUAGACACAGACUGCAUUGCUUGUGCGAACAGCUUGGUCAUGACCAACUGGGAUCUGUUCCUGAGAACUUAGCAUCUCAUUUUCCUCAUCCACCACAAGGACAAUCCCCUUAUGUUUUAUCACAACCGCAGAACCCGAUUCUUCACCAUGAGGCUCAUACAUCGAGACUAACUCCAUUUGUAAUAGAAACACACCCAGAGACUGUGAUUCCUCAUCAUGAGCUUCCUGCAUCCAGAACAGCUCCAUUUACAAUAGACCAUUCACCUGUAAACAGACGAGCUGUGGUGGGCCCAAAUGUCGCCUUCCAUGACAGAACAAAUAACCAAUGUGUUGAUGGACAGAGUAAUCGUUCUUCGUACCCCAACAACGACAUCCUGUCACGUCUGAGCAAUGAGUCUCUAAGUCUAGUCAGUCCGUUCGAGGGCAGCAUGCAAGAACUGCAGAUUCCCACGGAGAGAAGUGUCGUGCGACAGGUAUCGGGAAAGCUCCUAGCUUACAUCACACACGAAGUCGAUUCCAGCGGAGAUUCCCUCAUCCUGGAUGACAUGGGUGUCUCGCUUCACAUCCCACGUAAUGCUGUGCCCGUGGGCAAGAAAUACCCAAUAACGCUGGCUUUAAACUGGGACAUCUCUGACGCCCCGCCUCUGGACAGUUCCCAGGCGCAGGUGAGUCCCGUCAUCUACUGUGGUCCUCACGGACUGAAGCUGGACAAGCCAUGCAUACUUAGCUACAAACACUGUGCGUACGAUCCCCAAAACAUAAAGAUUUUGGUCAGCGAGUCGGAGAUACUGACUGGUGAAAAGGGCUGGAAGCCGCUGUGCGGUGCCAAGGAAGAGGGCCGAAAGUGCGUCGUCACGGAAGACGAGUGUUACGUCCGAUUGGACCACUUCAGUCUUAUCACGAGCACCCAAUCGGCCGUCGAUGGGAAUCCUGGGAAGAAAUGGCUGCAGGUGGCAGUGUUCGCUUCCAGUCUCGUCUCGUCCAUCAGCCAUUACCAGAUCAGGGUUUAUUUCUUCAACAAGACGCCCUGCAACCUGCAGUGGGCAAUCUACCAUGAGGCUAAGUUCGGCGGAAAACUAGCCUGUCCCGAGAAAACAUUUCUGUUCAGUGGAGCGGGCGAGGAUAUGCAGCUGAAGCUCCAUUACCUUUCAGACUAUUGGGUCCCCGUGGACGAGAACGGAGUGGAGACGGUGUCUUUCCUCCAGAUCUGGCACAACAAGUGUCCUCACGCAGCCAUGUGCUUCAAGCGAUCGUCCAGUCGUCGGAAAGACCCGCAACAAGAGGCAGCAGUGCAGGUUCGCAUGGAUGAAAUAAACAUCCACUUCCUCAUGUACCAGAACCAGCAGGAGAACACGGUGGAGAAGAUCAUCAUACACAUGGUAGAGGAUAAGACUAUUCAAGAUAUAUCGGACCUGACACCCACAAAACAGGUGACGAACAUCCGAGUAGAGUCGUCUUCGCCUUCGGGCUCUUCCAGUUCUCCCAUCGUGAUUCUGUCUUCCAGUCCAGGCACUGUCCGCGGGCAACGCGAUGACCAGCAGCAACACCUCGACCUGGACGAGAUCCAGCGUUCACUGAGCGAAAAGCAGACGAUCCCGAUGCUCCUGAAGCACCAGCUCAUCCUCAUGCUUGAUCCUCGGUGUACGUUCCACCACGAUUGGCGGGAGUUGGCGGCGCGGUUGGGUCUGGACAGAGUCAUCCCAUUCCUGGAGGACAAAUACAGCCCGACGUCCAUCAUCCUCCAGCACAUGGAGAACAAGGGCAAAACUCUGCUGGAGCUGUACAAUAUACUCAAACAAAUGGAAAGGGAAGAUGCGGCGAGUUUUGUGGAGAAAUAUCUGAGGAAUCCACCAAACCGUUCCCCCGUCGAGUGUGAUGCCAGUUAAGAGGAAAUCUAGUAAAUCUGCUGGCUAUGUAGACUAGACUAAGUCUUAAGCGCAUGGACAGAGAAGAUAUGAUGAGGUUUUUUUGGGAAAUAUCUCAUGAAUCCACCAAACUGUUCCCACGCCGAGUGUGAUGCCAGUUAAAGGAUGUCUAUUGAAUCUGCUGGUACAGUACAUUAUCCUCAAGUACAUGGAAAGGAAAGAAGCAGUGAGCUUUGUGGAGAAAUAUCUAAUGAAUCCAUCAAACCGUUUCCCGUCGAUUGUGAUGCCAGUUAAAGGAUAUCUAGCGAAUCUGCUGGAUAGGUACACUAGUCUCAAGGACAUGGAAAGAGAAGAUGUGAUGAGCUUUAUGGAGAAAUAUCUAAUGAAUCCACCAAACCGUUUCCCCGUCGAGUGUGAUGCCAGUUAAAGGAUAUCUAGCGAAUCUGCUGGAUAGGUACACUAGUCUCAAGGACAUGGAAAGAGAAAAUGCGAUGAGUUUUGUGGAAAAAAUAUCUCAUGAAUCCACCAAACCGUUCCCACUUUGAGUUAGUAAUGAAUCCGCUGGCUAUGUAGACUAGUCUUAAGGGCAUGGAAAGAGAAGAUGUGAUGAGUUUUGUGGGAAAAUAUCUCAUAAAUCCACCAAACUGUUCCCACGCCGUGUGUGACGCUUAUUGUAGGAAAUAUUGUGUAAAAAUACCCUUUGCUCGAACUGUACACUGUUCUCAAGGACGUCGAAACGAUGUAGCGAGCUUUGUGGGGAAACUCCAUCAUUUCAUUUCAACUUGUUUUCGAGCUUAUAUCCAAUUAAGGUUCAAGCAAGCUAUCCUGGGCAUACACACACGCAUUUGGGAACCACCUGAACACUACCACCAAGGCCGGUACAGUUGAUAAUUUCCACUAGCUCAAACUAAAAACUCACUAGCAAGGUCUGAUGCUAGCCACACUCAAUGAAAGAAUGGUUUUGGAAGGUUCAUAAUCAGAUCUCUACUCGACAGUGGAACACGAUUUGAUGGGAAUUUCACUGGCCUCGGUGGCGUCGUGAUAUAGCUAUCGAACAUAAGGCUGGUAGGCAGUGGGUUCGCAGCCCGGUACCGGCUCCCACCCAAAGCGAGUUUUAACGACACAGUGGGUAGGUGUAAGACUACU